UACUACAAAAGGAACAGCUCACUCCUGAGAGAAAGAAUUCCUCUUCAAGACAAGCAUCGGGUGAAAUCUCUGUCUCCCAUGAAUCAUUACACCCUGCAGCUUUAGGAGAGCAAUUGGAUUUUUUCUUUCUUUUUAUUGAUGCCUCGCCUUGCUUCCACAGAACUUUUCAUUAGAGGGCUUCCUGCCUUUCCUGGUGCUUCAAUUGGCCGCUGUUAUCUCGGUCUACAAGCAGAGCUUCCCAAACACACACCAGCCUCUGUGUUCCCCCCUCUUCCACGCAAAAUGAAGUAAACAUAUCACCAAGUUCCCCUUUUCAUCAGGAGCUAAUCUUUGUCUUGGCCAGAGACCAAGGUCUUAGCCAGGCGAGGAAGACAAGCAGCAACCAAGAAGUCUCCAGUUUCAUGCACAAGGACACCAACGAAGGACCAUAGAAGAUCAGAGUCCUGCAACCUCUGACAGGUUCCAUCAUGGAUGUCAACGCCACUGCCCUGUGGCCUACCAGUGUCUCCUUGCAGCUGCCUUCCAAAGCUAGAAGCGAAGAGAGCAAAAUAAUGGACACGAUCCAGAUCUUCUUCUACAGCAUCGUUUUCCUGCUUGGCUCCCUUGGCAACGGGACUGUGAUCUGGAUCACAGCGCGCCAGGUCUUACGUACUGUCAAUUGUGUUUGGUUCUUCCACCUAGCCCUGGCCGACUUUCUGUUCUCAGUCAGCCGGAUAGUGCCACUGCUGAAGAACGCCUUCUACGAGGGGUGGCCCUUCGGGAGCUUCCUGUGCCAAGCCAACAGCUUCAUCAAGUACCUCAACAUGUUCUGCAGCGUCUUCCUCCUGGCUGCUAUCAGCUUGGACCGAGCAAUUUCCGUGUCCUACCCGGUGUGGUUCAAAAACCACCGGGGCCCCCGCAUGGCGUGGCUGGCUGCUGCUGGGGCCUGGUUUGUGGCUACUGCCGCAAGCCUCCCUUUCUAUCUUUACCGAAGAGUGGUAGCAGAGAAAGGUAGCACCAAGUGUUCCCUUGCCCUGGGGGACCAGGUUUCAGUGAAGUGGGCCUUGUAUCUUCUGAGGUUGAUCUGUGGGUUCCUGGCUCCCUUUGCCAUCAUUGUGGUCUGCUAUGGGAUCAUCACAGUGAAAUUGAGGAAGCGACAGACCACCUUUCGCUCCAACAAGCCUUUCAAGGUCAUAUUGGCUAUUGUGGUCACCUUCUUUCUCUGCUGGGCACCGUACCACAUAUUCCUCAUCCUCAAGCUGGUGGAAGUGAAGGGUCAAGGGAUGUCUAUUGGCCUUCCCCUCACGUCCUCUCUGGCCUACCUCAACAGCUGUGCCAACCCCAUCCUUUACUUCUUCCUGGGCCUGGACUUCCGCAGGAAGCUGAGCCGUUUCAACUUGGUUGGGGCUUUCAGGAGAACUUUGCUCGAAGAGAGCGGCUACUCCUUCAGAAGGCCUAGCAGAUACCAGAAGGAAGCUGCUUCAUCCGUCGCUGAGCCGGUCCAAUCCACAGUGGUUGAUAGAGUGUUGUGAGCAAAUUCAAGGUUCUGGAGACUUGUUGGCUUGUAAGGUCCAUAAGUCGUUGUUUGCUAAAACAGUAUUAAUCCAUCACAUUCCUUACCAAAUCAAAUUUUGGACUGCCCGUUUCUGCCCCCAAAUUGCGGAGUAGAAUGAAAUUUAACCUUGUGGUACAUAGCAAUGUUUUCUGAACAUUUUCAACUGGGGAUAGCAGGUGUGAGGUUCAUGGCAGAUCCAUUUCUUUAUCCAGGUCAGGUUUUUCAUAAUGCCCCGGACUAAGGACAGAUAAGUCCACCCCAGGAUUUAUACUAGACUGACAGGGCAAGGGCAGUUCUGGAAAGAAGAAUGAGAGUGCACCCUGGGGCAAGGAAGGAACUCUAGAAUAAAUCCCUAUACCUACUAA